AUGGGAGGGAGGUCGUUCUUCUGCAUCUUCAGCUUCUCACGCAAGUCGAGGCGUUACUCCGUCGACGACGAGGCGAGCGACAGCGGCUGGGAGGUCCCGGCGAGGCUGCGCAAGGUGCGUUCCAGCGACGAGGACAACGGGUGGUGGGUCGGCGAGCGCGACGUCGACCAGAAGGCCUCCGACUUCAUCGCCACCUUCCACCAGAGGCGCCUCGUCGUCUAG